AUGUCCAUGUUCAAAGGGAUGCUGAUAAAGUCUUCCGAGCGGAGCGCCAAGGGGAAGAACCCCACUGCGGGCAAGGGGAACGCUGCGCAAGAGGCGCAACUAGCGAUGGGAAGCAGCACACUCAGCUCGAAGAGGGGAGACGCGUACCUGGACUUGGAGGACUUGGCGCCCAGCUACUGCAGCAGUGUGGCGGCCACUGACAAAGGGGGGAAUAAUGUCCAGGGAGACGAAGCGGUAACAUUACCCCUGCACGGGGAUAAGGAUGAAGAGGAGCGUUUCGAACGUUCUAGCGGUUUUUACAAAAUUGCACCAAAUGGAAGUGCCCCCUGGGUUGGCAGCUACGAACGAGGCAGUAACAACAGCGAGUCAGCGAACGGGGCGAAACGCAGCAGUUGCAGUCACCCGAAAUGGAGUGAUUCGCGAAGCGAAUACGCAAGUGAGCCAUGUGAAGUGCCCCUGGAAUGCACACAAACCGAAAUAACAAAGCGAAGAGAGGGUGCCAUCCCCCAAGAGGGAAAGCAUCACAUGGAAAACCCCCCUCAGCAGAGAAUAACCCCGCUGAAUGACCUCCUACCCCUCAUGCGCGAUUUCUUCAUGACGAACACAAAACAGUGGGAUAAGGACAAGGUGAACAUUUUUUUGGACGAACUGGCCCAAAAUAAAAUCCACCAAAAUGUGCUAAUCGUUGUGUACUACUUCACAUACGAGGCGUAUGCAAACAGAGUCCUGCUAAACUUGAAGGAAGAAUACAACUGCGAUUUGCUCAUCUACAAAUUUCUGGGGAAGGUGCAUAAGAUAAGGAAAAAAAGGAAGAAAUGUAAAGAGGAGGAAAAAGUCCUCAUCAUAAACGAAAAGCUAGACACAGCCCACGAAAUGCAAAAAAGAAUAUUCACCUACAAUUUGGAGUUAACGAAUAUCGAAAGUUACAUCACCGAUUUGUAUAGGAAAAAAAAGCAAAUAAACUGUUGUAACUUUUUUUUAAAGAACUAUGUAAAAAAUGUUCUUCACUUGAUUAUCCGUAACAUAUGUACAAAUAAAAAAGAGGAAAAAAAAAAAAAAAAAAGCUUUUUUGAAGAAAAAAAAUAUGAACUGUUCAUGUGGAAGAAGAAAAUUAUGCAAAAGGAGGAGGACAUAAAAACUGAGGAGGAAAACAUAAAAACGGAAACACGAAAUGUAGAGGAAUCCAAAGAGGAGCUAAACAAAGCUGUGCAAGACAUAUCCUCCACGUAUGAAAAGCAGUUACACAAAAUUGACGAAGAAAUUGACUCCAUUGAUCGAAACAUAAAGGAGCUCGAAGAAAUGAUUACCAUUAAAAAAGCGCAAAAGGAAGACGCGAUUAGCAGUAAGAAAAAAUUAGAGAAAGAGAGAGAAACGGAGAUGAAGACCCUUCUGCAGAAGCAGUCAGAUUUAAAUACCUCCAUCAAUUUUAUAAAAAAUACCACCUCCCUCUUGGAGGAGAAAAAGAAAUUCGUCGUGGAUGAAAAGGAAAAAACGAAAAAUGCCGUAGCCAAUUUGAAGGCAGCCUACCAAAGCUCCUGCCAGAAGAAGGCCCAAACGAACCGCCUACUUUUGGAUUUAAAAAACGUCGUUCGAAAAUUGUGCAACUCGGAUGAGGAGGGCAAACACAAUCACGUGUGUGAAGGUAAUUCAAGGGGGAAGUCCCUCGUGGGAAAUAACUGCGAAACGACGGAUGGAAAGGGAGCUUCCCCCCCGUGUGAUGAAAACGCACACAUGAAUGAUGCUACGCUGAAGAAAGGACAGGAACAGGCGAGCCACCAUUUGAACGCCUCCAAUUUGUUGAGAAAAAUAUUCCUUUUAAAAAAAAACAUUUUUGACGUGGAAAAAAAUAUGAACAGCAUAAAGGGGAGAAAAAAAAAACUCACCAUCGACAUCAGCCAGUUCAAUUGCGAAAUGGACAACAUAAACAUUAGGAAGGAAAACCUGAAGAAUAAAAAAAAAAUACUUCUGAAAAAUAAAAUGCUAAGUGAAAUUAAAAACACGAUGAACGAGUUGGAGGAGUUAGACCAAACGGAAGGCCUCAUCUUGAAACAGCUGGAGGACGCGAAGGGGGAUAUGAGCCUGUUAAGGAAGGACCACCUGCGGAUGAAGGAGCAGAAAGAAGAACUGAAGCGCAGAUUGUUUCGCCAGGAGAGGAAGUUGCUCAAGCGGGAAAUUCGCCACGUUCGGGGGGGCCUCAAUCGUGAGGGGGCAGACAGUGUGGUAACUCCCCCAGCUGAGGACGCGGCAGGUGAGACGGGUGAUGGGGCUAGCGGUGAGAGGGAUGAUGCGGCUGACCGUGAGGGGGAUGGCAUGGCUGACCGUGAGAGGGACGACGUGGCUAGCGGUGAGGCGGGCGACGUGGAAGCCUUCCCAUUUUCCGAGGAAUCUGAGCAGUCGGAGGGGGGCGAAUCGACUGCCGCCUUUAGUCAGAUGCUGCACCAGUUGGAGAGGAUAAGCGCGCAGGGCGAAGAUGAGGAGGACCAAAAUGUGUGGAGCGACCAGGGGGGGAGUGCCCAAGAGGAAGAAGACACCUCGCAGAGUGAUGAGGAAGAGGGGGAUCAAGGAGACGGAGAAAUCGGCGAAAUCGCCGCAACCGGCCAAACCGGCCGAACCGACGGAGCGGAGACCUCCCUCCCAAGUGAUGAAGACAAAAGUGGCCCAUCGGAGGACAACUCCGACGGUGGGGACCAUGGCGACGGGGCGAAAGUCGUUGCAGGUGUUGUGCCCAAAGGAGAGGAAGAAAACACAAGCGAUUCCUUCCCACGCAUUAGUACACACAGCAGAGACCCACUGAGCCGACUGGAAAAGUUAAAACAGGAGGAAAGUGGCACCUUCGAAAGGAUGCUAGAGAAGUACAAAGCGAUCUGCAAUUUAAGUGAAAGUGUAGACCACCAUGUGUUGGAAAAGGAAGUUGGGCAGAUUUAUGGGGACAUAACGAGGGAGCAAAAAAUAUUUAAAAACAAAAAAUUGCUCACCUUAAGGAACAGAAGAAGAAUCCUAAAGAGGUACUACCACUACGUUUCGGAAAAUAGUGAGGAGGAGGAUCUGAAUGGAUAA